AUGCAGCAAAAACACUUGCUCGCAGCCUCCCUCUUCGCCGCAAGCACAACCGCCCAUUUCCACCUUCUGGAGCCCUACUGGCGCGGCAGCUCCUUGGAAGCACCAGCCAGCCAAUGGAUCUACCCGUGUGCAAAUGUGAAUGAAACAACGGAUAUUGCGAAUCGCACCGUCUGGCCCCCCACCUCCGGCAGCACCCUAAUCAACGGCUCGCACCCAUCGGCCCUCACAGCCAUCAACCUGGCGCUCGGCGCAAACGCCACAAACUUCAACAUCUCGCUCGUCCCCCUGUUCAACCAAACGGGCGCCGGCACCUUUUGCCUCUCGGAAACCGGGCGCGCAAACCUCGACCAAGGCUUCAAGGACGCCGGGUACACGGGUGCAGACGACGAGCGCAUCAACGGGCUCAUGGCAAGUGUGCAGGUGAUUCAGCUGGGGCACUCGGGGAGUGCACUGUAUAAUUGCGCAGACAUCAUUUUCAACUCGACUGCAAAACUGCUUUCGGAUGACCAGUGCAAGAACGGGACGGGGGUUUCCGGUGUGGCUAUCCAGAAUGUGGGGUCUGCUGCUACCGCGCAGGCGAAUGGCUCGGCGACGGGCGAUGCCGCGAAGCCGACGCAGACGAAUGGUGCGGGACGCGUUGGAGCUGGAGCUGGAGCUGGUGGUGUUGGGACGAUGGUGCUGGGUGUGGCUUUGGCGGCUGUGCUGUUGUACUAGCUAGGUAAGUAAGGGAUGUGAGGGGAUGAAUGUAAGGGAGGUGGGAUGCGAUGGUGUACAUAGAGAGUAACGAGCAUGUCUUUUU